AUGGAGUUAGCUGAGUUGUCUCCUGCGACUGAACAUCGCCGGAAAUGGACGGGGAAGGAGCUUCAGGAUUGGGUGAAAAAGAAACUGAUCACGCACGAUGACUUCCCAUGGAAGUUACCUUCAUCAACGGAACAUUCUCAAGGAUCAGAGACGCUUAAGUACGUUGGAGGUGUGGACAUAAGCUUCUCCAAGGACGAUUCCUCAGUGGCGUGCGCUUGUCUCGUCGUCCUCGAGCUCCCUUCUCUGCGUGUAGUUCACAAUGAGCUCUCUCUAAUCCGACUCCAAGUUCCUUAUGUUCCUGGGUUUCUCGCCUUUCGUGAGGCUCCGGUUCUGUUGCAGAUUCUUGAGAAGAUGAGGGAUGAUCAUCAUCCUUUCUAUCCUCAGGUAGUGAUGGUUGAUGGGAAUGGGAUUCUUCAUCCACGAGGUGAACCUAAACACAAACGUUCUUGCAAAAUGUAG